AUGACGUUCCCCACUUUUCGGAAACGCGCCGCUCACAAAAAGGAGCACAAGAGGGAGAAGUUUAAGUGUAAGAUCUGUGGGAUGGAGAUGUUCGACGAGCAGAGUUUCAUGAGGCACAUCGUGGUUCAUUCGGGGGAGAGGCCGUUUAAAUGCUUCGUGUGCGACAUGGGUUUCAAACAGGAGAGUCACCUGAAGUCCCACACGCGCCUGCACACGGGGGAGCGGCCGUACAGCUGCAAACACUGUCAGAAAUCUUUCAAUCAUAACGUGAGUCUGAAGAGCCACGUUCAGAAGUGUCACCCAGGAGAGAAGGAGAAAGAGCAGACAGCGGAGAGGACAGAGACGGAAACCAAAGAGAAGUCCAAAAGCAAAAGGCCCCCGACCGGUCGACCCAGAGGACGACCCAAAAGAAACGCAGACGACAAAAAGCAGAGUUCAAGAAGGAAAAAACUGAAAAAACAGGAACCUGACGAGUUUGAAAGUGAUGAGGACUACAUCUGGUCAGAAGUAGGACUGGACGAUUUUGCCCCUCUCGAUUAA